UGCCUCCAACCAACUCCAUGAUGCGCGGCAAAAUAGUCCUCGAAGAAGCCUACGAGCGACCCAACAUGCAAGAAAAAUCCAAACACGAAGCCAGUCUCUACAUCGCUCCCAAAGACCGUCCUCGCUACAUGCGACAAAUCAACGACAUCAACCAAGAACGGCUAGAAAUCGCCAACACCCACGGCAUCGGCUACACCAUCAUCUCCCUCACCGUCCCAGGCAUCCAAGGCAUCACCGACCCAGCCGAAGCCGAGCGAGUCGCCACUGAAACCAACAACUGGGCUGCUUCACAGAUUCAAGACCAUCGCGACCGACUGGGUGCUUUCGCCUGUCUCUCCAUGCAUGAUCCGAAUCAAGCUGCUGACGAACUGCGUCGCUGCGUCCAGCAAUUAGGGUUUCACGGCGCGCUGCUGUGCAAUUUCCAGCAUGCGGGCACAGACGACGAGACGUACCUUUUCUAUGAUCAGCCGGAGUAUGAUGUUUUCUGGAAGGCUCUCACGGAACUAGAUGUGCCGUUGUAUAUCCAUCCCUCUGGUCCGACCGGUAUUCUCCAUGAGAAGCUUUAUGCGCAGCGUCCGUCCCUGAUCGGGCCUCCGUUGUCGUUUGCGAAUGAUGUUAGUCUGCAUACACUUGGACUUAUCUCCAACGGGGUCUUUGAUCGAUUUCCAUCUCUCAAGGUUAUCAUUGGACAUCUGGGCGAGCAUAUCCCGUUUGACUUUUGGCGAAUCGAGCAUUGGUUUCGGGACGUGAAGAGGCCGAUUGCGGAUGAAGAGGGCCGAGUCAUGGCAAAGAAGAGCAUCUAUCAUUACUUUAAGAACAAUAUCUGGCUGACGACUAGUGGCCACUUCUCUACUCAAACGCUGAAGUAUGUGGUCGAUGAGAUUGGUGUUGACCGAGUGCUUUUCAGUGUUGAUUAUCCGUAUGAAACGACAGAAAGUGGCUGUGAUUGGUGGGAUAAUGACAAGGACGCGAUACUCGAGGCAAUUGGGGGGAUUGAUAACUACCGAGCUAUUGGCCGUGAUAACGCGAAGAGAUUGUUGAGGCUGGACAGGUUUCACGAUUGUGAUGUUGUAUAA